GCCACCGGUUAUCUGGUCCGCGCCAGGGGUCGCGGACACCGGCUGUGGCAGCGGCUUGGGCUCCCUACGCGUCGGUGGGAAAUCUACAAAAUGACAGAUAGCUUGGAUGAAUUUCUUGAAGAGCAGAAAGCGAAAGUGGCCAGAGACAGAGCACAGCUGGAAAGAGACCCGCCUUACAUGGAGAUGAAGGGAAAGGCGGCGGAGAAACUCUCUGAAAACAGUAAGCUAUUAAUCUCUAUGGCUAAGGAGAACAUACCACCAAACAGCCAGCAGCCCAAGGGAUCCUUAGGAAUUGAUUAUGGAUUAAGUUUACCACUUGGAGAAGACUAUGAACGGAAGAAACAUAAAUUAAAAGAAGAAUUGAGGCAAGAUUAUAGACGCUAUCUUACUCAGGGCAUUACACAAGCAAAAAGAAAGAAAAAUUUUCUAUCUACCGGUGAAACAGACCCAUCUACUCUGGGAGUUUCUCUUCCUAUCGAUGAACGGUUAUCUGCCAAGGAAAGAUUGAAACUUGAGCGCAACAAAGAAUACAAUCAAUUUCUCAGGUGUAAGGAAGAAUCUACAGAAAAGGUCAAACGGGUAGAAAAGAAUAUUGAGCCAAAGAGUCAAAGAGAUAAAAACCCUGUUAGUCACGGUAAAUCUGAGCUACCUCUGCAAAUACAGACUUCACACACACAUUCUGAGGCACCGACCUACGAAGAGCUGCUAAACCGAAGACGGCGAGAGGAAGGCAGAUACCGGCAACUAGAAGAUGAAAUUGAAUUACUAAACAGAAGACUUCUUAGACAGGCAAAUGAGGACGUAGGCGUUUCUGGUACAAAUCAAAGCUUUGCCAGAAAGGCUGGUGGUGUUCCAGAACGAAGAGCUCGCAGGUCUGAUGAGGAGCGCGUGCCUGACCGACAGCUCUGUAGAUCUGACCGGGAUCCCCACGACGGCGAAGAGAUGGACGAGAGGUUUAGAUUUGAAAGUGAUUUCGAUAGAAGACCCCUGAGAGUCUACCCCAGUGAGAGGCCACACGGAAACAGGCAAGGGUCUGUGCCUCCUGUGCAGAGUGAGGAUGCCGCCACAGAAGAGUCAAGCGCCCGGAUCUCAUCUGCUGGGAAUAAAAGUGCUCAAGCUAACGAACCACCCAAGUGUGCUGAUGGUAGUAUCAGUCCCUUCGCAGGGAUGCUCUUUGGAGGCGAAGACCGAGCACUCAUCCAGAAAAAGAAAGAGCAGUAUAGGCAAGAACUUCUGGAGCAGAUGGCUGAGCAGCAGCGGAAGAAGAGACGAGAAAAAGAUUUACGCCUUUCAAUUGCAACUUGUGGUGUACAAGACCCUGAAAAAUCGUGGAAUGAACCACACACAUCAUUGCAGUUAAGUAAGGAGGAGCCUGAUAGACUAAAGCAAUUUAGUUUGGCACCAAGACCCUUUGAAGAGAUGAUACCACCUGAGAGACCCAGAGUAGCUUUCCAGACUCCUCUCCCUCCUCUCUCUGCCCCGUCUGUCCCACCCAUCCCGUCAGUCCAUCCCGCCCCUUCUCAAAAUGAAGACUUGCACAGUGGACUCAGCAGCACCCUUGAUGACAUGGUGCAUCCCAGGAUUGUGCCUCUGCCUCCACCUCCUCUGCUCCCCCCUCUGGCUGCUAACUAUCGAACGCCCUAUGAUGAUGCGUACUAUUAUUAUGGUGCCAGAAAUACAUUGGAUCCCAGUAUUGCUUAUUAUGGUCCAGGAAUGAUUGGAGGACAGCCUGCCCCUCAUGUCUCUGCCCCUGUCACUUACCAAGUAGCACAGCCUGUUGUGAAUACCGUUGGACAGAAUGAACAGAAAACUUUAAGUGAUCGGCUGAUGAAUUCAGGACUAAUCUUUGAAGAUAAACCAAAACCUUCCAAACAGUCACUUCAAUCUUACCAAGAAGCCCUGCAGGAGCAGAUUCGGGAAAGAGAAGAAAGAAGGAAGAAAGAACGUUUAGAAAAAGAAGAAUAUGAAGCUAAAUUGGAAGCUGAGAUGAGAAUUUACAACCCCUGGGGGAAGGGCGGAGGUGGUGCGCCUCUCAGAGAUGCCAAAGGAAAUCUGAUAACUGAUUUGAAUAGGAUGCACAAACAGAAUAUAGAUGCCUACCAUAACCCAGAUGCAAGACCAUGUGAAGACAAAAGGGCUGUUGUAUCUGUAGACCAAAAUUUAGCCACUUCAAAUGCUGAGAACCUAGAAGAUUCUGCAAAUAAAAACUCAGGUGCUGUGCAGACUCAGAGUUCUCCCUUUGCGCGGGGAAACACAUUUGGGGAGCCGCCCACGGAGCUGCAGAUUAAACAGCAGGAGUUGUACAAGAAUUUUCUUCGUUUUCAGAUUGAGGAAAAGAGACAAAGGGAAGAAGCAGAGCGCGAGCGACUGAGAGUUGCGGAAGAGAAGGAAGAGAAGCGGCUUGCGGAGCAGAGGGCAAGGAUCCAGCAGGAGUACGAGGAGGAGCAGGAGAGGAGGAGGGAGAAGGAGGAGGAGCAAAGGCUCAAAAAUGAAGAACUCAUUCGAUUAGCUGAAGAGAGACGAAAAGAAGCAGAAAGAAAGAAGAAAGAAGACGAAGAAAAACAUAACUUGCAGCUUCAGCACUACUAUGAGAGAGAAAAUAUGGCUGGGGAUGAGACCAAGCAUUUGAGACAGCCUUCUCCUGUAGUUCCUGCUCUUCAGAACAAAAUUGCAAGCAAACUCCAAAGACCUCCUUCCGUCGACACCAUCAUAAGUUCCUUCAUCCACGAAAGCGCCAUGUCCAGGGCCCAGUCUCCUCCGGUGCCUGCCAGGAAGAACCAACUCCGGGCAGAGGAGGAGAAGAAGAGCGUCAUCACGGAGCUGUCGGAGAUGAGGAAGCAGCUGCGCAGCGAGGAGAGGCGGCUGCAGGGGCGGCUGCUGCGGCUCGACAGUGAGGACACAGUCCCUCUCAGGAAAAGAGAGAGGAAUCCCAUGGACAUAUUUGACAUGGCUAGACAUCGGGUACAAGCUCCUGUCAGAAGACCAUCGCCGAAGGCCUUGGAUGCUAAUACUUUUCAGAAUAUCCAUGACUUCAAUGAGCUCAAAGAGAGAGAUUCAGAAACACGAGUGGAUCUGAAAUUACUGUACCCAGAUCCUCCCCGAGAUCAUCACACCUUAGAGAUUCAGCAGCAGGCCCUGCUCCGGGAGCAGCAGAAGAGACUGAACAGAUUGAAAAUGCAGGACAGCGCGGGAGCUGAUCUGGACACCGUCUACAGCGGGAAAGGACAAGGGCACAGAAUGCCCAGAGAUGACACUAACGACUUUUUAAAAAAUUCAUUACUGGAAUCUGAUAGUGCUUUUAUUGGUGCCUAUGGUGAGACCUACCCUGCCAUUGAAGAGGAGGCCUUCCCUCCACCGCCACAGCUGCCAUCUGCAAGGGAGCGCAGGAGGAACAAACUGAAAGGACUAGAUUCUGAUAGUAGUCGGCUCCAUAUACCACCAGAUGGUCUCUCUUUAAAAUCUGUCUCCAGUGUAAAUAUCGAUCAGCUUAGAACGAGAAAUGAAGACAGAAUGAGAAGACUAAAUGAGCAUCAGAAGAAACCCACUAACACAGAUGACGAGAGUUCACUGGUCGACCCUGAUGACAUCAUGAGACACUUGGGUGAGGAUGGAUCCAACUCUGUGGCAACUGAGCCCUGGCUCCGCCCGGGCACCUCGGAAACUCUGAAACGGUUUAUGGCAGAGCAGCUGAAUGAGGAGCAGCAGCAGCGGGUUCCUGGAAAGCCAGGCACUUUUACUUGGCAGGACCUGUCUGCUGCGCAUGCUUAAAAUAAACCCUCUCUAGACCCAGCAGUGCCUUUUAGGUGUAAGGAGCUGUAUCUUGAAUGUUUUGCUUGUAGCCCUACCUAAAUAUUAGUUAUUUAUGUUCUAUCUAUAUAUAAAGUGUAUUUUCCCAUGAUGAUAUGUUACAUAUAUAAUGUAUAUAAAAUCCCUGAUUAUUGAUUUAUAACAUGAUUGUAUAGAAUUAUUUUUGCAAUUUUGACAUGAGUGGUAAUGAACUCUUGAUUCAACUACCAUAUGUGCAUUCAAUUCUGCUCGCCAUUAAGGGGGCAGAUUAGUGCUAACAGGACUGUGAAGCAGAGCACAUUUUCAAUAGCACACUCGCCACUGCUAGCUUGUACUGAACAAGUUCUAAGGUGUGACUGUUCCAGCUGCUAUGUAAAUGAGCGACCCACAAGCUACUCAUUCUCAUGACCUUUGUAGCUACAGAUUCCAUAGGAGUCAAGGAGCUGUGACCAUCUUACCUCCAUGAGCCAUGACUAAAUGUUACAUCUUCUGCCUCUGCUUUAUUUUUAAUGUUGAUAAAGCAUACUCAGCUAUUAAUUUAUCUGAUUUCACUAUUUCUUGAUACAAAUAAAGUUUUAUUUUUAUGAACUACCAAUGUCAGUUUCUUUACUUGAAGUAGAAUUGAGGUUUCUAGAGGCUAAAAAGCUCCACCCGGAAAGGACAGAGGCAGUGGUCUUCUGCCCACUCCCGAGACCCUGGGCUAAUCAGUAGUAAAUGAUACUUCACAAAAAAACUCGCUCAAUUUCUAGAAAAUAUUCCUUACUUGGAUUAGUGUCUUCAGUACACACCAUGAUGACAGCUGAAGACAACCCAGCCACUGCCUCUGACUUUUCCAGGGACAGAAGAGUUUACUAAAAUUGAGAAAUUUCUGGUAUUCCUGUUUGGGGCUACAUGCAGUUUUUUAUGUUCAGUCUUGCUCUAUUGAUAAGUUUUCUCCUGUCAGUGUCUGACUGACAGUAAGAAGGACUGUGUUCUCUUUGGAGGGAGGAUGCUACUGCCAGUCAUAUAAGGAGAUGGCUUAGAUCAGCAGACAGCAAAGUGGCUUUUAGUUCUACCAUUUAUCCUGCUUUGAACAAGGCUGCUCUAAAGAGAUAUGGAGGCAAAGGCUACAACAUCUCCUUUCUUGAAAUUAACUAAUCGCAUAG